AUGGGUGAAGAUUAUUUUGGAUUCUCUUGGACCCGCAAUGAGAACAGAAAAAACGUCACCAUAUAUGUUAACAAUCCAGCGGACAUCUCAGUGAUUGUUAUAUAUUUUCUGGUGGUUCUGGCUGUGGGAAUAUGGGCAAUGGUACGGACCAAUCGAGCCACAGUAGGAGGCUUUUUCCUGGCUGGCAGAAGUAUGGUGUGGUGGCCAAUUGGAGCCUCUCUCUUUGCAAGUAACAUCGGAAGUGGGCAUUUUGUGGGAAUAGCAGGAACUGGAGCAGCUGCUGGUAUUGCUAUUGGAGGAUUUGAGUGGAAUGCUCUUGUUGUAGUGAUUAUUCUGGGAUGGCUCUUCGUGCCCAUCUACAUUAAGGCUGGGGUCGUGACCCUGCCAGAGUACCUGAAGAAACGCUUUGGUGGGCAGCGGAUCCGUAUCUACCUCUCUGUGCUCUCCCUGUUUCUCUAUGUUUUCACCAAAAUCUCUGCGGACAUGUUUGCAGGAGCCAUUUUCAUCAACCAGGCUCUGGGACUAAACAUUUACCUGGCCGUGAUUAUUCUGCUGCUCAUUACAGCUCUUUAUACAGUAACAGGUGGUCUAGCUGCGGUCAUCUACACCGACACCCUGCAGACCAUCAUCAUGAUUGAAUUCGUGAUUGUGCAGCGCUGUCUGUCUGCCAAGAACCUGUCUCAUGUGAAAGCGGGCUGCAUCCUGUGUGGUUACCUCAAACUUCUGCCCAUGUUCCUCGUGGUUUUCCCUGGCAUGAUCAGCAGAGUGCUGUACACAGAUGAGAUUGCAUGUGUGGAUCCAAAAGAGUGUGACUACUACUGUGGAACCAGUGUGGGCUGCAGUAAUAUUGCUUAUCCAAAACUAGUGGUGGAUCUGAUGCCAAACGGUCUCAGAGGGUUGAUGUUGUCCGUCAUGCUGGCCUCUCUGAUGAGUUCACUCACUUCCAUCUUUAACAGCGCCGGCACACUCUUCACUAUGGACAUUUACACCAAGAUUCGCCCCAAAGCCAAGGAAAAGGAACUCAUGAUUGCGGGGAGGGUGUUCAUGCUGUUUCUGAUCGGCGUGAGUAUUGCGUGGAUCCCCAUCGUUCAGUCGGCUCAGAGCGGGCAGCUCUUCGACUACAUUCAGUCCAUCACCAGUUAUCUUGCUCCACCCAUCGCUGCUGUCUUCACCCUCGCCAUUUUCUGCAAGCGAGUCAAUGAACCAUUUUCUAGAUCUGGUCUGUUGGUGGCUCUGGUGCGUAUGAUAACUGAGUUUGCCUACGGCACGGGCAGCUGCGUGGGUCCCAGUAACUGUCCUACGAUCAUCUGUGGUGUGCACUACCUCUAUUUCGCCCUCGUCCUCUUCGGCCUGUCCUGUAUACUGAUACUGAGCAUCUCCCUCAUGACUAAACACAUUGAUGACAAACAUCUGUACAGGCUCUGCUGGAGUUUGAGGAACAGCACUGAGGAGAGGAUUGAUCUGGAAGAAGAUGACUGGACUGACGAUCAGGAUUCAGAUUCUGUGCAAACAGAAGAGGUGCGCAAGGAUCCAAGCUGUUGGAAGAAGGCCUACAACUGGCUCUGCGGUUUUGAUCAAGGAGAUGCACCUAAACUGACUAAAGAACAGGAGGCAGCGUUGAAUAUGAAGCUCACGGACACCACUGAGAAACCUCUAUGGAGAAAUUUGGUCAACGCUAACGCUAUUAUCCUCCUCACCAUCUGUGUCUUCUUCCAUGGUUUCUUUGGCUAAAAAUCAUCAGUAUCAUCAGUAUCAACUAACUCUGUUAAGGAUAUUAGAGCUGUAUUCUGUGGACAGAAAUGGUACCUUAUCAGUAACAACAAGCUAAACAUAAUUAAUCUGAUUGUAAGUAGUUACAAAAGUUCCUCUUGAAACACUCCAUACUUCCUUAUAAUAUCCUCCACAAAAACGUCCUUACUGCUGCCUACUGUUUUUGAUUUGAUGGCAGGAAGUAGAAAAAAUAUAUAUUUUUGACUUUCAUUUCAAACCCAAGACUAAAACUCAUAAUCAUUUCCUUGUUUUUCUUCCUUGUAGUCAUGUCAAAUCUUUCUUAGCUGCUACAGUAUCUAAUUUAACACAUGCCUGACUGUUUUUACUGUACAUUUGACAAUGUUUACCGCACGUUCUUCCUUUGUACCUUUAACAAAUUACAGAGUAAUAGUUUCAACUAAUAAUAUGAAGUUGGAGUCAGCUUUGUUGUUUGUUCCCUGUAAAGUCUUCUGAUGCAUUAUGAUCAAAUCAAUGCAAAGCCUUUUUCUGUGCUACUUUUAACAUGCCUCUCAUCUACCAUU